GAAGCGGAUUUAGUUCAAACGGCAUUACACCACCUGUACUGCGGCCACUUACGACAACCGCGGUAAACUUUCACGGGAAGAGACCAGCCGCAGCCAUGCCGAAAGACGACCCUGAGACAGCGGCGCUCAAGAAGGAGCUCAACGAUCUCAUAGCGAAGGCAAAGGCAGAGCAAGAGAAGGCUGCAGAUGCGAAGUUGGCAGAAAAAUGCGGGGACAUGGGGGACAUUCCCAAGAUUCGGCUGGUGGUGAAGAAGUCCCUCAAAGGCCAUAUCAAUAAGGUUAACUCCGUGCAUUACAGCGGCGACUCUAGACACUGCGUGACGGGCUCCCUGGACGGUAAACUCAUCAUCUGGGAUACGUGGAGCGGCAAUAAGGUUCAGGUGAUUGCGCUGCGCUCCGCUUGGGUGAUGAGCGUCGCCUUCGCACCCUCGGGAAACUUCGUGGCAUGUGGUGGCAUGGACAACAUGUGCACGGUGUAUGACGUGAACAACCGCGACGCGACCGGCGCCGCCAAGAUGGUGCGUGAGUUAGCUGGCUACGAGGGCUUCCUCAGCAGCUGCCGCUUCCUAGACGACUCGCACAUCCUCACCGGCUCCGGCGACAUGAAAAUCUGCGUCUGGGACCUGGAAGCUGGCAAGCGCGAGGUGGACUUCAACGCACACGCCGGAGAUGUCGUCACCAUAUCGCUAGCACCAGACAUGAAGACCUUCGUAACGGGCAGCGUGGACCGCACCUGCAAGCUGUGGGACGUUCGCGCUGAGAAGGAGAAGCAGACCUUCUUCGGUCACGAGGCUGACGUCAAUAGCGUCUGCUACCACCCGAGCGGCAACGCGUUCGCAACCGCGUCUGAGGAUAAGACAGCUCGCUUGUUCGACAUCCGGAGUGACCAGCAGAUCGGGCACUACACGCCGCCGGGGAAUGGAGGCUUCACUAGCUGUGGAUUAUCAGUGAGCGGCCGAUAUUUGCUGGCUGGAUCUGAUGACAACACCAUCCACUCCUGGGACACACUAAAGGUGCAGCACACAGGUCAGCUGAGUGGACAUGAGAACCGCGUUACUUCGGUGUCAGUGGCGCCCAGCGGUAUCGCCCUCACCAGCUGCUCCUGGGACCAGAGCGUCAAAGUUUGGGGUUGAUUCCCCACAAUCACACCGUUAACUACUGUUUCAAUUACCAUCAUAUUUGGCUUGCUAUUGUUAUUAUAUUUUGAAGUUUAUUUUCUUGAUAUUUGCACUAUCCAUUCUGAAAAAUACACAAGAUUCCAGUAAAGAUAAAUAAAAUAGAAUAUUUUAAUAUAAUUUUGAUAGAAAUAAAGUACUAGAUAUGAAGCGUUCAUCAAAUUAGCAGUAUCAAAUUACGGACGUAGGUAAUAAGUGAUAAGGUUUAAAACUAAAUAAAUCGAUUCGCUAUAUGUACUAAUUCUACUAAGCUUAAGUUUUAUAAGAGGUAAUUUAGAAUUUAUUGUAGAAAGAUACUGAUCCUGUACGGUCACUGUUCUCUGGUGAUCUAAUUACUAUGAUAUUCAUGUCACUGUCUUUAUAACUGUACAUUAAAUAAAGAACAAUACACACACUCAUCUAAAUCAAUAUAUUAUGAUAAUGACUUUGUUGUUAUGUUUAAUAUUUGUAAUAAAUAUCGAAAUUGUU